CGGCCUCUUCCUCUUCCGAGCCAAGCCUAGGGUUUAAGGUCCCCCUCCCCUCUCCUCUCCUCUCCUCGUUGACAAUGGAGGAGCUCGAGGUGAUGGGCUCCGAGGGAGAGCUCUCCUCGGGAUACAAGCUCGUGCCAUGGUCGAGCUGGGACCAAUGGGACUUCGUCCGAGAGCACCUCUUCUCCUCCUCACCCGACUCCGUUGCCGCCGCGCUCCGCCGUAUCUCGGCAUGGCGGAGUAGGGGUUCCCUUCCGAUCCCGAUCGAUGUCACUGCCGCGUUCGUCGAGGCUCAGCAAAAGGAUCCCUUUUUUAGAAAGGGGCCAGUAGAUGAUGCUCUAACAUCAGAGGAGAUGCUAGCGAGCCUCUAUAGCAUGGCAAUUAUGAGGCUUGUAAAUUGUUAUGUGGAGCAUGCACAUAAGAAAACAGGGCGCUCAAUAUCUGAGUUAGCUGAUGCAGUUGGUAUACCACGAGUAUUGGUCGACAUUCGUCAUGAGAGUUCACACCGUGAUCUUCCUUCACUGCGGUUGGUGCGUUUGGCCAGUAUGAAGGCACUUGAUUGGUUGAAAUCAAAUUACUGGGAGCCCCAGAAAAAUGCAAUUCCGGAUGUAAGGGUAGAGAUAAGAACAAGAUUGCGUGAGAUGGCUUACUAUUUGAAGAUCAAGAAUGUGAAAAAAUCGAGUUUAGAAAUCAAAGGCAAUCGUACAAAGAGGUCUGGUUUGCUUGUACCAUGUAAUAAACUUUCUUCCCAAGUAGCUGGAAGGUUGCAUUCUUCUAGAUCAAGCGGUUCUGGGAAGCAGAUUUCUAGGACAGUGAAAAUCAUCACUCGACUUUAUGCUACAUAUUCCUUGGAAGUCGUUUCUGUUCUGUUGGAGCUGUUCCAGUCUCAAGCACCUGAUUUCUUUGGUGCCGGCCCCAUGCAACAUUCAGAGAAUCCAGAUAAUGGUGAUUCAAGGUUCCUCGCGAUUUCAAAUAAUACUCUGAAAACUAUCAUUACUAAACUCUCAAGCAAGGAACCGAGGUUACUGCUUAGUUUACUGAAGGUGGUCCUUGAAAAGAUCGAGGCCAUAGAAUCCUUGAGAUCUAAGAAUGAGGGGAGUCAUGUACUUCCAUUCCAAUAUCAGACAGAGCCAUCUCAAGUAAACCACUUAUGCUUCCUCGUUAGUUGGCUUGUUACAAAACUUAAAGCAUCAAAGGAUUCUGGCGAUAUAUCCCUCAUUAAUGAGAAUGGAGCCCUCUCUUCGGACAAAAAUGCCGUCCCGAAAUUUUCUCUUCAAAAGCUCCUCAGAAAGUGUCUUACUUUGUCAUUCCUUGGCGACGAGUAUCUUGCAGAUUCAGUAUCAAUGCUUCUUGACAUGAUUGAAGACGAUACUCAAAAAGAAAAGCUUAAGAAGCUCAUUUUGCUAAGAUUGCAGAAUUGGCCCACUGAAGACCCUAUGCUGUUAAAAGAAGAUGAUUCAAUCAAGAAAGCAGCAGAGAAGCUCGAAUUCCUCAAGCAACGAUUAGAGAAAAGAAGGUUAAAAAAUUUAGGUUCAUUGAAUUGCGAUACAGGUGAAGCGAGUAUAUGGACCGUUGCAAAGUCGUGGGUUCCGUGUCCUAUCGGGAUGGUGCCCUGCUCAUUCAGCUCCACUGCAGUUCUCCCCAUUCUUGAUCUGGUAGAUGACAAUAGAUUAGAAGAGAAAACAAUUCCGACAGAUGAUUUGCAAUUAGUUGAUAAUCACCAUGACAAUGAUGGGGGUGAUUCUGAUUCUCAUGACGAGCCGCUGCUGAGCAAUGGAAGAGCUGCUAAAAAGUUAAGGCCAUCCCCUGAGAAAGUUCAUAUAAUCAAUUUGCGACAAUCGCCGGACCCCAUUGAAGGUAGAUUGCUUAUCAAUGGCGCAUGGGUGAAGGUGAGCAAGGAAGAGUUAGUAUCCAUCGUGACGACUUUGAGAAGUGGUGUUUAGCUAAUUAACCGGAAAAUACCAUUGUUUGUUGGGCAUACUGAGGCAUUUUACGUAACUGGAAAAUUUCAACGACAGCGAUGACGAUCAAUAAUCUCUCAGGAGACUCCCGUAGCAGCAGAUAAUACAUCCAAUUGGGAUCCGAGGAAGAUGUAACAAGAAUUUCAGUUAUGACGUGGCAGAAAG